AUGCUUCAGAAUGCGGAGGACAUCGAUGAGGUCACCGUCACCUCCACCCUGGUGGCCUGUGAAAUGGGUCAAUGGGAAAGAGCUUUGGAGUUGCUCAACCAGAUGCCACACUGGAAACUUCAGCGAGAUCUCAUUGCCUUCAACGCUGCAUGCAGCGCCACAGCGGGGGCGCGAAGACUGGAAGUGGUUCAGGAACUCAUUGAGAUCCUGAAGGACGAAGGAUUGACACCUGACGUAGUGACCUUCAAUGCGUUGCUGAAUGCCUGUGAGCGAGCCAGGCAAUGGCAGGAAGCUCUGGAGACCUUGAGACGGAUGCGCUCGUGCCAGCUGGUGCCUGAUAUUGUCUCGUUCGGUUCAGCAAUGGCCGGUUGCGAGCUUUGUGCACGAUGGGACUUGGCUCUUGCGCUGCUGUCCGAAGCCAGUGAGAUGUCGCUGCAACUUAGCCUGGUGGCAUGUAGCACCGCAGUGAGCGCCUGUGCCCAAGGUCGGAGGUGGCGUUGGGCCAUGAGACUCUUUGAGGCAGCUCGACCUUUGGGUUUAGAUGUGACCAUUUUUUGUGCUGCCCUCUCCGGCUGUGGCCGAGCAGGCUGCUGGGAGAUGUCCUUGCAGCUCUUGGAUGAGAUGUGUGGGCUUCGAAUGGAACCAGAUAAGGUGACCUGUGCUGCAGCAGUGGCGGCCUGUGAGCUCUCGGCUGAGCCUCGGCAUGCGCUGCGAUUGCUGGCAGGCACUGAGCAGCGCGCAGCUGAAUGGGUGAGGUCGUUCCAAAAGGUGGAUUUU